AUGACAGCUACCUCUACUUCGUUCUCUACGUCUACAGAAGAAACCCUCGCCUUCUUCAACACCAUCCCCAAAUGCGCCGAGAUCCUCUCUCAACCUGACCGAAGGGUCAUCCACCCGCGCAACCCCGACACCUUCUUCCACUCGACCCUCCGGACUAACCACGGAAUCCUCAAGUCUAUUUUCAUUUACCAGCCGGCCAGAACAUCAACAUCUCCCAAUUCAAAUGACACCGAUACUGAUACCAGCGCCAUCGCCAACCCCCCAAACACAAACCCGCAAGAGCGAGAGCGAGAGCAAGGCUACCUCCUCCUCCACCUCGGCCGCGGGGUAUCGGGGCAGCCCGAUAUCGCGCACGGCGGGUUCCUGGCCACGGUGCUGGACCAGGUUACGGGGACUUUGAUCCGGGCGAGUGGGUUGGAUCGGGGGCGGGGGGCGGUGACGGUUUAUUUGAAUGUGAAGUAUCAAAGGCCCGUGAGGGUUCCGGGGAUUGUUGUUGCGAGGGCGGAGAUUGGGAGGGUGGAGGGGAGGAAGAUUUAUGUGGAUGGGGAGAUUUGUGUUGCGGACCAGGAAAGUAAUGGGGAAGGGGAGGGUGAUGGGAUAUAA